CAAAUAAAACUACUACAAAUUAAUAAUUUCUCUUUCAUUCAUUGAACACAAUUUUUUUUCUUUAAUUUCUACAUCAAUGGGGAACUGCAAUUGUUCUAUGAAAGCAGUAACAGAUUCAAGAAAAUCAUCAGAUUUAAAUUUUGCUAGAGUUAUGACAGAUUCAGGUGAAAUAUUAAACCUUAAAGGCCCUAAAUUAGUUCGACAAGUCCUAAAUGAAUUCCCAGGUUACAACAUUUUCAGUUCAAAUUGUUUGUCUUCUCCAUUACAUAAUCAAGAAUUGCUACUUGAUGGACAGUUUUAUUAUCUUCACCCUGUAAUUGAAAAAGAAACAGAGCACAUUUUAGAAGAAGAAGAAGAAAAAACAGAGCAAAUUCGAGCUUCGUCGAGCUUGACGAAAGGGUCAGCAAUGGAAGUUUUGCCAGUUCAACGAGAAGGUGUUUGGAGAGUGAAGCUAAUUAUCAAUCCCCAACAACUAGAGGAAAUUUUUUCAGAGGAAGGAAAUACAGAGGCCUUAAUUGAGCAAAUGAGAAUAGCUGCAAAUACAAGUACAAUUGCAAAGCACACAAGAAGUACUUCUUGUGGAGUAAAUUGGAAAUCAACUCUUCCUAGUGUAUUUAAAUUGCCCAAUGAAAAAGCAAAAUAGAACACUUGCAUGGGAUCAAUCUUCCACUAGCAGCCAUAGAUGAUGUCGGGGAUCCCACGUGGCUCAAAUUCGAAUCAGUCAAAAAUAAUUUCCGAGUAUAUAUCGAGAUGAAAAAAAAAGUGGAGUAGCGAAAAAAUGGACCGUCGUGGUAGAAGGUAGAUUAGAUGCGACUAUGUAUAAAAGAGUGGAACAAGGAUUUUCACUAUGUUGUUAUCAUGAUUUCUAAGCCCUAAACGAUGGUGUGGACCCUACGUGACUCGAAUUUGAAUUAGUUAGAAAUUGAAUUUCGAGUAUAUAUUGAGAUGAAGAAAAGUGGAGUAGUGAAAAAAUAGACCGUUGUAGUAUCGUAGAAGGUAGAUUAGAUUUGAUCAUGUAUAAGAUUAUAACUAAGAUCUUUGAUAAAGUAUUUUGACGUUAGAUUGGCACAACAAUGGCGCAGACGUGAUUUUCACCAAGAAGAAUCAACAUUUGAUAUAUAUAAUUUGAACCUUAUUUAUAUAUAUAUUGUAAUUUUCCGACCCUCUAACUCCGUCCCUGUUUGGCAGCCCAAGAAAAAUGAUCAGCCUGAUAUAAUGAGGGAAAAAUUGUAAUCUUAGAAAUUUUCACGCUAUGUUUAUAGGAAUUUAAGUGGCAUUUUGUUAUGCCUCUUUGUAUCAAUAUAUCAUGAUGAAUAUUUAUUUUGC